AUGAAACGUAAAUCAGCAGAAGAUGGUGCUUUAGGAACAUCAUUACGUCCACGUACUGCUAGCUCAUCUGUUAAUGGUGGUGGCAAUUCAUCCAAUAGUGGUAGUACCCCAAGCUCAUCUAAUAAUGGUGGUAUUAGUUCAGUGGUGUCUGGAGCUGGUUCAUCUGUUAAUGGUGGUGUUGGUAGUUCAAGUUCUGAAUCGGUUAAAAUUACCAAAUUGGAAAAGAGAAUACAGCAAUUGAAUGAACAAGCAAAAAAGUAUAAAGCUACCAUUGAAGAUUUGAAGAGAAAAAGACAAGAGGAUGCUCUAACAAUUCAAUCAUGCAAAAAGCAAUGUGAAAGACAUGAUGCAAGUAUGCAACAAACAAAGAAAUUAGUUCUUGAUUUCCAUAAUAGUAUUCUAUCAAUGGACAUUUUCGAGGUUAAAGAGGGCACAUACUGGAUCACUUUUGAAGGUGUUGAAAAAGGGGUACCAUCUACAAAAGUGAAUGACAUGCUGAAAAGAAAGCAACCUAAUGUAGUAAUAGAACAACUAAUAAUCAUAUUCUCUUUAGGAACUGUUACCACUCAACAAUUCAGAGCUUUGGAUUUAAUCAUGACAAGAAUCUGUCCACUCAUGAAAGAAUCCAAGCACAGACUCAAGAAUUUCAAAGAUAGAAAGAGUAAACUCUUCAAUAGAAAGGCUGUUGAUGAUGGUACCACAGCUAGAGCCAAAGUGGUACUUGUUGAUGAGGAUUCUAAUUCAACUGUCUUAUUGCAAGAUGCUGAACAAAAUACUGAUAUCAGUACGGAUGGUAUUGUUAAUAAUAAUAAUAAUAUGAAUAUUGAUAACAAUAUUGAACUCAAUGAAGAAUGUGAUGAAGUAUUACCAUGUGGUGAUGAUGAUGAUGUUGGUAUUAUUAAUUAA